AUGGGGCUAUCCAGCGGUUCUGAGUUCCUUCAUCGCCCACCACCACCGGAGGCCUCGCCCGGGCCCCGAAAUCUCCCUCCAGAGUCCCACACCACCGCCACCUACACCCAGCCCUACAGAUCCCAGUCCUCCAAACGCUGCCCCUCAUCCCGCUCCCUCCCGCCUCCGCGCUGUUCUGCCACCUCUAGCCCUUACCCCGCGCCCCACUCCGGGCCGCCCUAUGCCCCUCCCCCACAGCCUCACCCCACAACGCACCCCCGCACCUGGACCGGAAUCGACGCCUGCGCAGCAGGACAGUCCUUCCGAGCCUCCCCGCCCCCGCCGCCCCCCGUACCCGGCUCCGGAGCUGGUUCGUACACACGCCGGCGUCGCCCCAAGCCGGUCCGCGCCGGGGUCACUACACGGCCCCAGUCGGACGCAGAGGCCACCACCAGCCCGCAGUCCCACCCCCCACACCCUUACCCCUCCGGUCCACAGUGCCGAGGCGGACGCGGCCGGGCCUCGGAAGUGUCCACGCAGAACUACAUUUCCCAGAGUCCCACUCGCUUUAGAACUACAUUUCCCAGAGGGGCUUGCGGCGUGCCUCCCUGA